GAAGAUAAUGUCAUCACACAGGAUUCUCCAGGAGUGAAUCAGCGUCCUUAUUCAUGUUCAGAGUGCGGGAAAUCUUUCACUCAGAAAGGAGUCCUUGUUAAACACCAGAGAAUUCACACUGAUGAGCGUCCUUAUUCAUGUUCAGAGUGCGGGAAAUCUUUCACUCAGAAAGGAGACCUUGUUAAACACCAGAGAAUUCACACUGGUGAGCGUCCUUAUUCAUGUUCAGAGUGCGGGAAAUCAUUCAUUAAUAAAGAAGCCCUUGUUAUACACCAGAGAAUUCACACUGGUGAGCGUCCUUAUUCAUGUUCAGAGUGCGGCAAAUCAUUCAUUAGCAAAGGAGGCCUUGUUAUACACCAGAGAAUUCACACUGAUGAGCGUCCUUAUUCAUGUUCAGAGUGCGGGAAAUCAUACAUUAAGAAAGAAGCCCUUGUUAUACACCAGAGAAUUCACACUGAUGAGCGUCCUUAUUCAUGUUCAGAGUGCGGGAAAUCAUUCAAUUAUCAAGGAGUCCUUGUUAAACACCAGAGAAUUCACACUGAUGAGCGUCCUUAUUCAUGUUCAGAGUGCGGGAAAUCAUUCAUUAAGAAAGAAGCCCUUGUUAUACACCAG